CGCCGGAGCAGCAGCCACUCGCGCGCGGAGCCCGAGCGCAGCGCAGCUCAGCUGCGGGCGCUCGCUGGGUCGCUCGCGCGGGCUGCGCGCUCCUGCCCCAAGCGGUGUCCCCCCGGCCUCUCGCCGGCCCCAGCGCCGCGGCAGCCCCGAGGGCCGUCCCCGGCCGGCCAUCCCCGGCCCCAGCGCCGCUGACCCUGUCCUCCGCGGGCGGGGACGCGGGCGGAGGAGGUGCCGCCUCGGAGCCCCCGGACGCGACCAUGUCGGAGGUGCUGCCCUACGGCGACGAGAAGCUGAGCCCCUACGGCGACGGCGGCGACGUGGGCCAGAUCUUCUCGUGUCGCCUGCAGGACACCAACAACUUCUUCGGCGCCGGGCAGAGCAAGCGGCCGCCCAAACUGGGCCAGAUCGGCCGGAGCAAGCGCGUUGUUAUUGAAGAUGAUAGGAUUGAUGACGUGCUGAAAAAUAUGACCGACAAGGCACCUCCUGGUGUCUAACUGCCCCAAAGACAAUGAGUUGAGGGAAAGAAAAAAGAAGAGUGGCGGGCCAUAACAGUUAUUGAAAAAAAGCAUGAGGAGGAGAAAGCACUUUGAAAUUUAUUAUUAGCUUGCUACCUACGAUGAAAUCAACAACCUGUGUCUCAUGUCAGGCCGGGAGACAGAUGAGGUGUGAGGAGGAGGAGGAGGAGGAGGAGGAGGAGAAGGCGCUGGGCUCCUCUACAAAAAUAUAAGUUAAAAAAAAACACAUUUAAAAAAUCACUAUAUACACACAUAUAAAGAAAAAAAGUCUCAGUUGCAGCUAUUUGUCAAAAUUAAUACCUGUUUCUUUUUAUAUAUGGUAAAUAUUGUGCAAUUAUAGAUCUGGAGUUUGAACCACUUCCUGAAGCAGCACCAAGUACUUGAAGGUGCUUGCGGUCUCUGCUGAUUUGGCUUUUCCCAAUGUUUACAUUAUUUAAUCUUGCAAAAAUGAUCCUGUGCACUUGGAUGUGACAUGCUGUCCAGUUUUAUUUUUUUUAACGUUGUUUAUUCUUGGAUGUACAAAAGUAAAUUGGGGAAAACGAUCUCUGUUUUACUUCAGUCAUCUUUUGAAGUUAUCGGAAAUGAGUAUAAGAGCAGAAGGUAACUUUUCUAAGGGAUGAUGCUUAGGGAGAGUCCUUGUUUUAUUUUAAACAGAUGAACCACUCAGCUUGUGUUUUAUUGUUGCUGUAAAGUUCUUUUUUUUUAUGUCAGAAACAUAAAACAAAAAAAGAAGAAAAACAAAGAAAAAAAUGCUUGAGCUUUUUCUAACCCCCUCCCAGUCUGUUGUGUGAACCCUCUCUUUCCUUCACCAAUAGUGUGUCACUUUAUUCUCUUUAAUGAACUGUAAACAAACAAACAAACAAAAACAAAUGUAAUCACAAGAGUGCCAAAUAUCUUGAAAUGCCAAAAGGCAUUUUGGUUUCUUUCUUUCCCUGUGCUCUGAGUCCUUGCACAGGAAUGCUCGGAGUGUCUUUCCUGUUAUUUAUAGGGGUUGUCUUAAGGCUCGCCAGCUGCCUGUUUUGCAUGGUAUUUGCAAAAAAAGAAAAAAAAAAUGCCUCCUGCGUGAGGAAUCUUUUACCAUUUUAUUUCUUGAUUUUUGGUUUGUUUGCAACUUUGGACCUGAAGGGGUCCCCGCCCCCAGUUUCUUCUUAGUCCCAGGUUGUGGAUGUUGCACCUUGAACCAGCACACAGGGCUAUUUCUCCAGUGUACAAUAAAGAACUCUUCCUGUGUGUCCUCUC